AUGUGGACACAUGAGAAGCUUCUCCGCGACGAAUGCAACUAUACCGGAUACCAACCCUACUGGGAGGAGUCUCUUGACUCUGGCAACAUCUCGGCCAGUGUUGUCUUCGACCCCGUCACCGGAUUCGGAGGCGAGGGUGGCGACUGCCUGACCGACGGGCCGUUUGCGAACCUCACCCUCGGUCUGAGCAGCAAUGGCUCCCAGAUCUGGGAGGAAGACUACUGCCUGGCCCGCUCGUUCUCCGACACUGUCUUCGAGUAUGGAAACACUACCUACAUCGAAGAGUGUCUUUCUUAUGACAACUACACCGGCGCAUUGGAAUGCUACAUGAGCCUGCCCCACGUAGCUGGUCACGGCGGUGUCGGAGGCACAAUCCUCAGCGUCGCUGGCUCUCCUGCCGAGCCGCUCUUCUUCCUGCACCACACCAACCUCGACCGCCUCUGGUGGAACUGGCAGCAGGUCGACCCGGACACGAGGACUCACGACAUCGGGAACUUGUCAAACAUCCCUCCGUACUCGUACCUGGAGCAACACUAUCUCGAUUACCCGUCCGCGUCGCUGAUUGACUGCUCCGGGGACAACGGCAACACCAUCACGCUGCAGCACGUGCUGUGGAUUGCGGACAUUGUGCCGAACGUCAUGAUUGCGGAUGUCAUGGACCUGAGCGGCGAGACAGUCUGUGCUGAGUAUGUUUAG